UCACCUCCACGCCAUGCCGGGUGGCGGGUCCCGGCCGCCCGAGCCGCAGCGGAGCUGAGGUCUAAGAAUAUUUGGAGGGAGAUUAAGUGGUUGAACAAGUAACGCUCUAAUGGAUGACAGAGAAUUUCCACCAAAUGAUCUACAAAUAGACUCAAAGGACAGUCUUUCUGCUGACUAUAGGGUGCAAAGUUUGGCAUCUCAUUUGGUUUCUUCAGCUGAUGAAAAUGAAAAUCAACUUGACAAUGAUGGGAAUGAGGUUCUGACCAGUAGUAGCAUUGCUAUGGGACGACAGGACAAAGGUGAGCAGGACAGCAUCAAUAAUAAUGAGAAUAUGGACAGUGGAGACUGUAUACCAAGCUGUAAGGAAAGUGAGACUGAGAGGAGAUCUGGAAAUGUCCAUAUGGACCCCCAGCUGGAGGAAAAGCCUGUUACAGAAAAACAGCCAGGUGGAAAAAGAAGUCCAAGAAGCAAAAGAAGCUCCAGUAAAAAAUCUAAAGGAGUUCCUACAGUGGGAACCACAGCAACCAAGGAAGAAAAUAGUCUUAUUGCAGAUACAGAGUCUGUGCAUGCUGAAGGUGCUGUUGAAGCAAAUGAAAACUUUCACCAAAAAGAACAAAAACAAACGUUGCAGUCUCUUUUCUCUUUGCUCCGUGAAGAGGUUGAGCAGAUGGAUUCAAAGAUACUGCCCUUGUGUCUCCAUCAGAUAGCUGAGACCUAUUUUCAAGAGCAGGAAUAUGAGAAGGCAAUGAAGUUCAUUCAGCUUGAACGACUGUAUCAUGAGCAGCUGCUUGCAAAUCUUUCUUCCAUACAGGAGCAGUGGGAAAGAAAAUGGAAAACAGCAGUUCCUAGUCCAGUUACAACACCGAGGAAUUCAGCUAAAGAACUGAGCAGUGAAGAGCUGGAAAAGCUUACUAGAGUUUGCUCUUCGCAUCAACAGCCACAGGCAUCCAAAAAUAAGUUAGUAGCUGCAGAAAAUACAUGGGAAAGUGGUUGUGUGCUUCAGUUAAUGGAGUCAAAAAGUUUAAAGGAAAGAGAAGCUGCUGCUUUUAAAUCAGGUACUGAAACUUGUCCUGGCGUUGGACCAAAGAAAGAAGAUAAACAGCUGAGCAUUAGUUCCCCAGGUGAAAACAAAACUGAGAGACAGACAGAGGCAGCAAGCCUUUGGGUAGCUGCAGGAAAGGACCACAUGGAGGAGCAGCACUGCAGUGCUGAAUCAACAUUGGAGCCACACACCCAGUCCACAGGGACAGUGGGCAGGCCUUCUUCGGGCUGUUUAUCAUCUGGGGAUGCCAGUAAAGAUAACAGUUUGCAGCUGAGAGAAAGACAGCUCUCUAAGGAUGCGGAAAAAAUAGAAGGCACAGCUGGGGAGCCUGGAGUGAAACUCCCUCUUGAGCCAAUGGUAGAUGCUUUGGUUUUAACAGAUGCUGAUUAUAUGCCUACUGAUUUGGUUCCUACUGAUAAAGAUGUGCAAGCUGACAGAAAUCUGCUCAGAUCGAAACAUGCUACUGGCUCUUCAGAAGUUGCUAGUGGCCAGCUUGGGAACAGUGAUUUAAAGCAGCAACAGAAACAGCCUGAUGAUGACGAUGAAAAAUCUUCGUGGGACAGAACUGCAUCAAAUGUAUGCUCUGGGUGUAAUAAAGUGUCUGAGCAUGAGAGUACUGCCCAUUUGCGAGUAUGCAAGGAAAUACAGAGAACAGCAGGACAGGAGGAGAAGGUAAAUAAUGAAGAACAAGAAGAUUUAUUUGUCAGAUUUUUAAAUGGUAACAUAAUAGACACUGAAGAAUCAUUUGCAAACUUAGCAAACCAAGAGGACUUUGACACUGUUCCAGAUAUUUCACCUGAACGAGCAUCUUACAACUCACUGGAAGCUUUAUCACUAGAUGACAGCUUUUCUUCUCUUGAUGAACUUGCAAGAAGGAUAGAGAUUGCUGAGAUUACCCCAGCGGAAGGAUUGGUGUCUAUACUAAAGAAGAGAGAUGACAGGGAAGGAAAAACAAUUGCUCAAGUCCAGCAAAGGCAAACAAAGAGAAGAGUGCGAUUCCAAGAAAUGGAAGACACAUUGGAUCAAGAUGAAGUAGCUGGUGGCUCCUGUAUUUUGCUGAUCCUGCUGUGCAUAGCAACUGUUUUCCUCAGCAUUGGAGGAACUGCAUUGUACUGCACCUUUGGUGACAUGGAAUCCCCUGUGUGCACUGAUUUUGCAGCCAACAUGGAUUUCUAUUAUACCCAGAUAUUGCGGCGUAUGGAAGAACUUAAACACUGGAUAGCCUUCUCAUAGUUGAAAUGAGCGGAGACAGCACAUUGAGAGCUCACCAAUGGUUACUGGAGAGGGUAGAAAAAAAUUGUGAUUUCAAGUUCUCUAACACUUGCCACCUGCAGGUGAUGUCUAUUUGAUGAUGUACUUACACUUUUACAUAGAAAUCAAGAAAAUUCUAGUUUAGCAAUCAGGUGGCAAAAUGUUCACAUCUUAAGCUGUAGCAGUGUGGUAUGGGAGAAUAAGUUAUUCUCUUCACCCUUUUGAGAGUAGGCAAGUAGCUUUUCAACAACUUGAGCAAGUGAAGAAGAAAGAAGAAAAUUAACUGUCUUCUAUAUGCUCUCCCAUUGCCACACAUUGUGUAAGCAAUCUCUGGAAGCUUAGUAAAAGGACAGCUUUAAUUUACAGCUGUUUGUGCAAAGGUGUUGCCUCCAGCUAUCAUGCAAUAAGUCUGUGUUUUAUGGAAACAUUAUUUUUCUUCUAAGUCUUACUCUUUUUGUCCAUUUUAAUUCUCCUGGUGAGCCAUGUAAUUAUUUGGGUGGAGUGAGAAGAGUGCAGCGGCAUUCACGGAGCCCUCAUUUGGUGAUUAACAGGCUGACCCUGUACCUUACCGCUUACGGUGAAUAUCAUGAGUGGGAUAAAUCUGCUGGCAGAUUUCACUAUAUUUCCUGCAACAUUACUCCCAGUAUUGUGUGGGCUGUUUUAGAAAUGGAAGGUUAAAAAAGAAAUCAUUGGUCUCACUAAACACAGAAACAAAAGUAAGAUGUUUAGUACGUUAUUCAUGUUAAAUAGUAAAGUGGCUUUGGCCAAUUUUAAAGCACCUGGUAGCAAGUGUGGGGCUAACUGGAUUUUCUGUCCAGCUAUGUCACUGACUUGCAGUAAUCACUUUGUGCCUCAGUUUCUCCUCCAUAAAUGGGGAAUAAUGAUCCUUGCCUUUGUCUGUGAAUAUUUAUUGCAGUUAGGGCUCAUGUCUGAUUCAUCCCAGAUGAGUGCACAGGAUCACUGAACUAUGUGGCUGCAGCCUCUCUCAAUGAGUGAAUGCUUAUGUAAAUGCUUAUGGGACUGACCCAACAGAAGAGAUUUAGAGGCUCACUGCAGAUGCGCGGCAUGUUAGUAGUCUAGGGCACUUGUUGCAGCAGAUAAAGCACAUUUGCAUCUAUUUGCCCUGCGGUUCUGAGGCCUGUAUUGUAAAAUCUGUUUUUUUUCUAUCAGCUAUACAAACAAAUUUAAAUCAGUACAAAGAGUCAUUUUAAAUGGGUAUUUCUAUCACUUGGUGCUCAGCCCUCCCUGCGUGGUAUGCGAGAGAAACACUGACAUGACUGUGAAGGUGAGAAUUAGAUAUACAGGCCUUUGGCCCACACUCUGGUCAAAAUGUGGCAACUGUUCUUGCACAGAGCAUAACAGCCUAGCCUGCUGAAGGUGUUAGUGUGAAACGAUUCCUUUACACCUCAGGAAACAGCAUUUUUGAGGGGUCCACUUCACUCCACUCCAUGAUUUCCUGCUUACUAAUGUUAUAUGAUGCAGUGUGUUCAGGUUUAGAAUAUUAUUUUGUAAAAUACUAUGAAAUGAAAUCUUCAAGAUAUUGCUCAGAAUUAUAACAUUAAAUGAUCAUGCUUUCUGGCAUUUGCAAGCAAAUUGUCCCUCUAGUGAGCUUGAUUGUUCCUAACGCACUGUUAUACUUAAUGGGUUUUUAAAGUGGAAGUUAAAAUCACGUUUUUUUCUAGAAUAAAUUGCAUGUAUGAUUUCUCUUUUUGUUUUCACUGCAGAGGCUUAGUUUAUUUAUACCUUAGGGAGCCUCAUGUGCAGCUUUAUAUUAAACUAGCAAAUUUAAAAUGCCCAAAUUAAUGAAAACUUUUGCUUUCAGAAUGAAACUUGAGAACGGUAGUUUGGUAUAUUUUUUGUUUGUUGUCCUCAGAGUAUUAUGAUGCUGGGCUAAUUUAAAGGAGAAAGGGAAAGACACUUUUGUAUUUUAAAGUGUUACUGGCUGGUUCAGUUUAUUAUUUGAAG